AUGGCAGAAGCACCUAAACUAUUCAAAGUAACUAUUGACAACAUUACGAUAGAAGUACCAGCCGGCACUUCUAUCCUCAAUGCGGCGCGCCAGAUCGGUGGUGAUGUCACGCCGCCUGCCAUGUGUUACUAUAGCAAACUGCAGGGCAGCGGUGGUAAAUGCCGUACCUGCCUGGUAGAAGUGGCCGCAGGCUCUACCGCAGACCCACGCCCCAUGCCCAAACUGGUGGCCAGCUGCCGUACCAACGUUAUGGAC